AUAAAGCGAUAAUUAGUACAGCUUUUAAUUUAAGAUUCACUAUGCCAGGGUUACACUUUCGCAACCUGAUACAUAAAAUGUCACAAUUGGCAUGUUUUGUGUCAAUCGGAUCACAUUUUCUUAAACAUCUUGUAACAAAAUUACAGUCAAUUUAACAUGUUAAAACGGACAAAAUUUAAGAACCAGUAUAAUGCUCACUGACAACUAUUCCUGUAUGAUAUACGUGGAACCCGUACGUCCCAGGGAAACCCUUGAAGGAAAGAUCGAGCUGGUACCGUCGAAGGGGAUGCGAUUAGCUCACGCGUAUAUCGAAUACAUGGGAGAAGCAAAAUGUGAAUGGUUUCUUGAUAAAUCAGUGUACAGAUUUCCUAAACGUUAUCCCAAAGGCACAAAAAUGAAAGGAUCCAGAAUUUUCUACUACUCGCGACACAACAUUUACAACGGUGAAGAAUUUUUACCGAUUACGUCUAAAAAAAUUUUCUAUUUUACCACCAAAUUUCCCCACGGACCUGCCACGUGGUACGGAAAAUAUGGUUCCAUAUCGUACCGUUUAAAAAUCACCCUUAAGACGAGCGGCUUCGAAACGUUUACCCACGAAGAAGAUAUCUUGGUGCUUCCCAAUCGUGACUUGACCCUAGAAGGUUACCUUCUCAAUGAAUGUCGUCGGAAGGCGAAAAGAAAAUACAAAUUUGGUUCACUUCAGUUGGGUGCCGUCAGUGUUUCGGUUUGGUUACCUUUAUGUGGAUUUGCUGCCGGUCAAUCCAUACCAGUUCUCGUAACAAUUGAUAACUAUUCGGAAAUAAAAUUUGGCGGACUGAUAUUGGUGUUGACCAUGAUCGAAAUAUAUCGAAGUCGCACGCCCUUCCCCGAGAUUAAAACGUACAGGAAAGAUAUUUGCCGGGUAGUCCGAAUGGUGGACAUUGUAGCCGGUUCGUAUGACUACUACGCCCUUCUGGAAGUCGAUCAAACUAUUCCACCAACAAACCAGUACAAUCGUUGCAGCUCCUGUCAUGUCAUAUACGAAAUUUGGCUGACCUUGCAAGCGGCGAUUCCGAGAUAUUCGGGCUACGGGUAUCCCCACUUAACUCUAUCAGGUAUCCCGAUUAUUAUUGGUACUACUCCUUUACACACUUUUCCUGCCAAACGGGUAACGGCAGAGGUUAUGGAUAGAUUGCUGAGUUGUCGAGCGCCGGUUGUUAUGGAACCACCUCUCACCAAAGAAGUCGAAGAGCUUAGAGAUUUUGUUGACACCGAACUUACCGGAAGUAUCAUUUCCAAUUUGACCAAACAAGUUGAAGAGAACCAUAUCGAACAGACAACGGCUAUAGCCAAUAGAGAUCUACUGGAAGCGGUUAGCGAUUCGUCUGAAUCGAAUAGCAUUAACCCAAUGUCGAUUUCGUCAAGCAGUGGUACAUUGUAAAUUAUUUAUUGUGCGUUUCCGUCUGUUUAGAGUCCUUUAUUUAUAAUGUCC